GAAGCCUAUUUUCGCUACAUGGCUGAGAAUCCAACUGCUGGGGUGGUCCAGGAGGAGGAGGAGGAUAACCUGGAGUAUGACAGUGAUGGGAAUCCAAUUGCACCCUCCAAAAAAAUCAUUGAUCCUCUUCCACCUAUUGACCACUCAGAGAUUGAAUAUCCACCAUUUGAGAAAAAUUUCUACGAUGAGCACGAGGAGAUCACCAGCCUCACCCCACAGCAAGUGGUGGAGUUACGGCAUAAGCUCAAUCUCCGGGUGUCUGGUGCUGCUCCUCCAAGACCUGGCAGUAGUUUUGCUCAUUUUGGGUUUGAUGAACAACUUAUGCAUCAAAUUAGGAAGUCAGAGUAUACCCAACCCACUCCAAUCCAGUGUCAGGGUGUUCCAGUUGCACUGAGUGGCAGAGAUAUGAUUGGGAUAGCUAAGACUGGAAGUGGGAAAACAGCAGCUUUCAUCUGGCCAAUGCUGAUUCACAUCAUGGAUCAGAAGGAGCUGGAGCCAGGGGAUGGUCCCAUUGCAGUGAUUGUCUGCCCCACGAGAGAGCUUUGCCAGCAGAUCCAUUCGGAGUGCAAACGCUUUGGUAAGGCCUAUAACCUGCGCUCGGUGGCCGUGUACGGAGGAGGGAGCAUGUGGGAGCAAGCCAAGGCCCUGCAGGAGGGGGCAGAGAUAGUUGUCUGCACACCAGGUCGUUUGAUUGAUCAUGUGAAAAAGAAAGCUACAAACCUUCAGAGAGUCACUUACCUGGUGUUUGAUGAAGCUGACAGGAUGUUUGACAUGGGUUUUGAGUAUCAGGUCAGAUCAAUCGCAAGCCACGUACGUCCUGACAGACAGACUCUCUUGUUCAGUGCCACGUUCCGUAAGAAGAUUGAGAAACUGGCGCGGGAUAUCCUGAUCGACCCAAUCCGAGUGGUGCAGGGAGACAUUGGAGAGGCAAACGAAGAUGUGACUCAGAUUGUGGAGAUCUUCCCCUCUGGCCCCAGCAAAUGGAACUGGCUGACCCGGCGCCUCGUGGAGUUCACCUCAUCUGGGAGUGUUCUGCUCUUCGUCACCAAGAAGGCCAAUGCAGAAGAGUUGGCCAAUAACCUCAAGCAGGAGGAUCAUAACCUGGGGCUGCUCCAUGGGGACAUGGACCAGAGUGAGAGGAAUAAAGUCAUUUCAGAAUUUAAGAAGAAGGGGAUCCCCAUACUGGUAGCUACUGAUGUGGCAGCUCGAGGGUUGGACAUCCCUUCCAUAAAGACAGUCAUCAACUACGACGUGGCUCGGGACAUCGACACCCACACCCACCGGAUCGGCCGCACGGGCAGGGCGGGCGAGAAGGGAGUUGCCUACACUCUGCUCACUCCCAAGGACAGCAACUUUGCUGGAGACCUGGUCAGGAACCUGGAAGGUGCCAAUCAGCAUGUCUCCAAAGAGCUGUUGGAUCUGGCAAUGCAGAAUCCAUGGUUCAGGAAAUCUCGUUUCAAAGGAGGGAAAGGCAAAAAGCUGAAUAUUGGUGGUGGUGGAUUGGGAUACCGCGAACGCCCUGGGCUGGGCUCGGAGAAUUCUGACCGUGGAAACAACAACAGUGUGAUGAGCAACUAUGAGGCCUACAAACCAUCCACAGGGGCCAUGGGGGACAGGCUGACAGCAAUGAAAGCAGCUUUCCAGUCCCAGUACAAGAGCCACUUUGUUGCUGCAAGUUUAAACAACCAAAAGACUGGGAGCUCUGCUGCUGGUGCCAGUGGCUGGACCAGUGCUGGGAGCCUGAACUCUGUCCCAACAAGUUCAGCACAGCAAAAUGCUGCAAACUCCAACAGCCCCACUGGGGCCACCAAGGGCGUUCCGGGUUUCACCAGCACAGGGACCUUGAGCAGCAUUCCCACCUUCCCAAGCGUGGGAGCACAGGGCUUCAACAGCACUAACACCAGCACCAACAGUCGAGAAGGUGGUGGUAGUGGUGGUGGUGGUCUUGGUGGCAUCGUCAGGGAACGAUACAACGACAACCGCAACAGUCGUCACAACGAGAUCCCGCGGCGUGGAGAGCUUGGAGGUGGUCGCUACAAUGACCUGCAGCGCCACGGGGAAAGUGUUGGUGGCCGCCACAGUGACCCUUACCGCGACAGCCACCGCCACGGGGACAUGGGCACAGGGAACCGCAACAACGGCGACAGCAGGAACAGCACCGAGAGCAGGAACGGGGACAACAGGAAGGAUGUCACCAGCCGAGACAACAAGACAGAUGGGUUUGCUGUCCCAGAGCCCCCAAAGCGCAAGAAGAGCCGAUGGGACAGUUAA